AUGUUGCUGUUCCUUUCCCUUCCUUCUCCUCUAUCCCCUAACUCUUCACCGUUUUCAUUUUCUCACAUUCGCAUUUCUUCUUCAUUGCUCCCAAACCACAACAACAACAACAAAGAUACCAACCCAAUUCCCAAGGUCCAUUCUGAUGGCAAUGUUGCCAUCAAAGCCCCCACACCUCCAUGGAUGAAGGGUCCUAUUCUUCUCCAACUCCAUGACCUUCUUCACUUCUCCAACCCCAAGAGAUUCAACAAGGGCCUUGAUAAGGUAGAAAAACACGAACACGAACACGAACCUACUGAUAAUGAUAAAGCUAAAGUGGUCAGAGGGAAGAAGGUCAUGAAGAAAAUUGUUCAAAUAGUUGAAAAGCUUCACAGGACCCAGAAUUUAGCUGAGACUCAAAUGGGUUCUGCUAAAGUUGAAAACUUUGGGGGAUGUUUGGAAAGUUUGAAGGAAAAUGAGGAGGUUAGAAGUAGGGAGAGAAUGCCGUGGGAGAAGGAUGAGAGUGUUGUUUCUCUGAGGAUGAAAAAGGAAAAGGCUUUUAUAGCUGCGGAUUUGACGCUUGAUAAGGUGCUGCUGAGAAGGUUGAGGGAUGAGGCUGCAACAAUGAGAAAUUGGGUUAAGGUUAAGAAAGCUGGUUUUACACAAGUUGUUGUGGAUGAAAUUAAACGGACUUGGGAGAAAAAAAAUGAACUUGCAAUGGUUAAAUUUGAUAUCCCUUUAUGCCUGAAUAUGGAUAGAGCUCGAGAAAUUAUUGAGACAAAGACUGGAGGCUUGGUUGUCUGGAGUAAGAAGGAUGCUAUUGUGGUUUACCCAGAAUGCAAUCAUCAGUUGACCUCUAAAGGUUCUCCAGAGAUUUAUACUGGCUAUAUUCAUAGUCAAAGAAACCAUCUCCACAAAUAA